GGGAUACAGAGAGAGCGAGAAUGGGGGCCAUUUUCCAACAUGCGCUAACAUGUAACUCGUGCUGUGCCUCAAUCAAUGUCUUGACCCGGUCUCCUACUACUGUACCACGGUAUGUACCUGAGCGGCACGGUACAGCGCCGGGUUCUAAGAAAAGUAACACACCAACACAAACUGAAAAAGAGAUAGAGAGGGGAACACGAAAUGCAGCCUUGCUGAUUCAUACGAUAUCGUUUGAUAAAUCAAGUAUUUGGGUCGUCCGACGACAUUCGUGCAGCUCAACACCACCUAAAUUAAUUCAACAUCACAUUUUCAUACUCAACCUCAACCCACACGCAGGAAACCCAACAAUCAACCACUGCCUGCCUCUCCCCACAUCAUCAAUGUCGGUCGACAUCACCACAAUGUCCCAACCCACCGGCCUCGGGCUAGGAAAAGACGUCCUAUCCGCCCCCGUCGUCACCAUCAUCGAGCAAAAAGACGACACCCCAGAAGACAUAGACCUCGACACCACACCUCCACCCACCAGACGCAACGCGAGUCCCAGUCCCUCGAGGGCGAAGAGACCGCGUCCCGUCGCGAGUCCGCCGCUAUGGGACAUGAACGACCGGAGCUUCGAGGACGUGCGACGGCCGCCUUUGCGGAAGAGACCUGGUCCCCCGCCAGCUCCCACCGCGGCGGAGAUCCUCGAGGCGAAAGAGGGGCAGCUUAUGGAGGAGGAGGCGGCGAUGAGGAAGGAGCUUAAGGGGAGGCUUUCGGGUGCGGAGGUCGAGCUGAAGCUUAAGGAGAUCUUUGGGGAGAGGUGGAAGGCUUUGCAGGAUGAGGCGGAGGGGGUGGGAAGAUAGGAUCUUUUGAGGACGGGGGGAAAGUGUGGAAUGUAGUGCGAGGGUGAAAGGAAUAAAAACGCAAUAUAGAAGGUUAAUGAGAUUCAAC